AUGGCCUCGGCAUCCCGGCACCCUUCUGGAGGGCCCGUCCGGAGGAGGCAGUGGCAGCGGGGGCUCAGCUCCUGGCUUUGUCUCGUUCAGGUUGUUGGCUCCCUGCCGUUGAUCGGCGCGGCCAAGGGCGCAGACUACUAUGCCAUUCUGGGCGUCCCCAGGAAUGCAGACCAGGCAGCCAUAAAGAAGGCAUAUCGCGCGAAGUCUUUGGAGUACCAUCCGGACAAGUGCUCUGACGACAAGGAGCAGUGCCAAACCAAGUUCAUCGAGGUGUCCACAGCCUACGAGGUCCUCAGCGAUGCCGAGAAGCGGAAGGUCUACGACCAGCACGGCGAAGAGGGCCUCAAGGAAGGGCACCAAUCCAACGAACAGGCGAAAGCCAUGUUUCGGCAGUUCUUCGGUCGUGAACCAGAUGGCAACGUAAGGAUCGUCCGCCAAGGAGGCCAAAUGAUGUUCAUGGAAGAAGGUGAGCCUGGACCGAAGGAGGAUAUCUACGGCAACACCAAUGUCACCGAGAUGACUUCCGACCUGUACAAGUCUCAGAUCAACGACCGCAUCGAGCCCUGGAUUGUUCAGUUUUACAAGCCGAACAACGAUGAGUCUCGAGAGGUGCGAGAGGAGUACAUCAAGUUUGCCGACACUUUCAAGGACUUCCUGAACAUCGGCGCCGUCAACUGCCGGCAACAGCGCGAUGUGUGCAGCAAAGCCUCCAUAAACGAGUUUCCUGCCUUCCGUUGGUUCGGCGAGGACAAGGACUCCGCUCCCGAGAUCUUUAGCGAGGGCACUCCCUCCUCCAAGAAUCUGGGCAAGUGGGCCAGCGCCAUGAUGCCCGACUACACACAGGUCUUGCAGGACAAGCGCGAGCUGCGGAAGUGGCUUGACAACGUCAAGGGGCCACACAUCCUGCUGUUUACUGACAAGAUGGGCUCUCCCCCAAUGUGGAAGGGAUUGAGCCGAGAGUUCAAUGGGCGAGCCUCCCUCGCCACAGUGCCGCGCUGCGACAGGACCGGCGUCUUCAAGACACCCCUGCAGCGAGAGUACGACGUCAGGAUACCUCAAGUUGUGAGGAUUGACCCUCUCGAUGAGAUUGGGAAGGUGGUUGAGAAGUUUAGCAUGACCUUGAAGAAGGAGUCCCUCAACCUUUGGUUUAUGAAGGCCAUUGCUCUUGGAAAGAAGGCUGGACCUCAAGCCACUUUCAAAGAGCUGUCGCGCGAGCGCCUUGAGGCGGGCGACUGCGGGCCGACAGACAGCCAGUUCUGCUUCUUGUGGCUCAAGGCCGGUGCAGACCCGGCUGUGGAGGAGGCCACACGGCAGCUGGCGCAGAAGUACCGGCGAGAUCCCAUCAAGGGGGGUCAGAAGACCUUCUCACAGUGCCUCGAGCUUGCUAACUUGAUGAAUGCCCCUUAUGCACUUGAGGUUGUGGCAGUAAUUGGCACACGCGCCUAG